AUGAAGAGCGCACAAGUCGCAUUGUGCGUCGUCCUCGUGGGCCUCUGCGCCAGCUUCGCUGCCGCGCAGACCUGCCCGCCUUCGCUUCUCGGCUCGGCUUCGGCCUACAACGUGUUCCUCCUCGGCAGCAGCGCCGCCAACGGCUACACCUUCGAUCUCAUCAACGGCGACGUUGAGGGCCGCGUGGCCAGCAACGGCAACUUCCGCGCCGUCAACUUUGGCGUCGGCACUCGCCUCGGCAACUGCAACGCCUCCACGCCUACCGUCAUCAUUGGAGGAGCGAGCUCGUCGGUGAGCUUCUCCGGCGGUCUGCAGUGCGGCUCGCUCGUCACCGAGAGCUCGGCCACCAUCGUCACCCUGCCCGGCUUCGCCAACAACGGCCAGCUGGUGCAGGGCAGCGUGUCCGACCUCACCGGAAUCGACUUUGCCGCGGCCAAGACCGAGCUCCAGGCGCAGGCCUCGUCGCUCUGCUCGGCCGGCGGAAUUGGCGCCACGCGGUCGGGCAACGCCAUCACGCUGCAGGGCACCAGCGGAGCCUCGCAGGCCUUCACCGUCAACGUGGCCGACAUCAACGUCGCGUCGUCGCUCACUCUCACCGUGCCCGACGCCUCUGCAGUCGAGCAGGUGGUGGUCAACAUUGUGGGCUCGGGUGCCAUCAACAUGGGCGGCUUCCAGACCUUCCUCAACGGCGUGAGCUCUGGCCUGGUGACCUACGUGGUGUGCGAGGCGCCCACCGUGACCAUCAAUAACUUCGGCCUCUACGGCAACCUGCUGGCGCCCUCGUCGACGGUGAGCAUCCAGAACGCGCAGUUGCUCGGCAACGUUGUGGCUCUCACGCUGACCGGCACCGGCAGCGGUGAGGUGCACGUCCCCACGUGCCCCACUCCCGCGCCCUCGCCUUCGGCUUCGCCCUCCAGCUCGCCCUCGGCUUCCGCUUCACCUUCGUCGUCGGCUUCGCCCUCGGCUUCGGCUUCGCCGUCGUCCUCGGCCUCGCCCUCGGCUUCCGCUUCUCCCUCGGCCUCGCCUUCGUCGUCGGCUUCGCCCUCGGCUUCGGCUUCUCCUUCGACCUCGGCCUCUCCCUCGGCCUCGGCCUCCCCCUCGUCGUCUGCGUCGCCCUCGGCUUCCAGCUCGCCUUCCAACUCCCCCGCUCCCUCGGCUUCGAGCUCACCCUCGCCGUCAGCCUCUAACUCCCCCUCGCCGUCGGCUUCCAACUCGCCUUCGAACUCGCCCUCGCCGUCGGUCUCCAACUCGCCCUCGGCUUCGCCCUCCAGCUCGCCCUCGGCCGCCCCGUCGACGUCGCCCAUCCUUUCCACCCCGGCGCCGUCGCCCUCGGCGUCGCCCGUGCCUUCGCCCUCGGCCACUCCCCUCUGCCCGGCGCCCCUCUUCGGUUCCGGUGUGUCGGUCUACAACGUGUUCCUGCUCGGCCGCGAGGGCGCCAACUACACCUUCGACAUGACCAACGGCGACGUUGAGGGCCGCGUGGCCACCAACGGCAGCCUGCGCGCCAUCAAUUUAGGCGUCGGCUCGCGCAUCGUGCCGUGCAACGCGUCGGUCGCGUCGGUCAUCGUCGCCGGCGAGGACUCGUCCAUCAACUUCGUCGGCGGUGUCCAGUGCGGCACCCUCGUCGCCGAGAACACUGCCGACAUCGUCACCCUGCCGGGCUUCGCCAAUGGCCGCCCUGUGCUGGGCAGCGUGCAGAACAUCACGGGCGUCAACUUCACCGCUGAGGCCGAGCAGCUCAACGCCACCGCCAACGCCCUAUGCGCCGCUGGCGGCGUGCCCGCCACGGUGUCGCCGUGGAGGGAGAUCUCGUUCGCCGGCUCGGCCAACGCCUCGCAGGCCUUCACCGUCAACGCGUCGGACAUCAACGUCGCCUCGUCGGCCACCUUCAACUUCCCCAACGCGUCGGCCGUGCAGAGCGUGGUGGUGACCAUCGUGGGUAGCGAGAACCUCACCUUCACCAACUUUGGCAUCAACAACGGCGGCGUGCCGGGCGCCUACAUCACCUACGUCGUGUGCUCUGCCGAGCAGGUGACCGUGCGCGGCUUCGGUCUGGAGGGCAACCUGCUGGCCUUCAACUCGUCGCUGAUCGUCGAGAACGGUCAGAUCGUGGGCAACGUGGUCGCGCAGACCAUGAGCGGCAGCGGCGGCGGUGAGGUGCACGUGCCCGAGUGCCCCACUCCCGUGCCCUCGCCUUCGGCCUCGCCCUCUGCUUCGCCGUCUGCCUCGGCAUCGCCCUCCACCUCCGCGUCGCCCUCGGCUUCGCCCUCUACCUCGGCCUCGCCCUCCACCUCCGCGUCGCCCUCGCCCUCGCCCUCUACCUCCGCGUCGCCCUCGGCUUCGCCCUCCAGCUCUGCUUCGCCCUCGGCCUCGGCCUCGGCUUCCCCGUCGGCUUCCGCCUCGGCCUCGCCCUCUCCCUCGUCGUCUGCUUCGCCCUCGGCUUCGGCUUCUCCCUCCGCCUCGCCGUCGCCCUCUGCAUCGUCGUCCCCGUCGAGCUCGCCCUCGCCCUCCGCGUCGGCAUCUCCUUCGGCCUCACCCUCUUCCUCGCCCUCGCCCCCCAUCGUGUCGACCCCCCAGCCUUCGAUCGCUCCGUCGCCGUCGUGCCCGCCUUCGUUCUUCAGCGGCGCGGCGGCCUACAACGUGUUCCUCUCCGGCAACGCCGACAAGGAGUUCGCCUUCAACAUGAUCAACGGCGACGUGUGGGGCAAGGUGGCCGUCGACGGCAGCGUGUUCGCGCGCAGCUUCGGCUUCGGCACCAGGCUCACCUGCAGCGGCGAUGCCGCCAACCAGGCCACUCUCAUCGCCUCGGGCGCCGACGUUGACGUCACCGGCGAGAUCCAGUGCGGCAACCUUGUGACCGCCAACACCACCACCGUGACCGGCGUGUCGUUCCGCAACGGCCAGGCCAUCGCCGGCGACAUCACCGCGCUCACCGGCCUCGACUUGGCCGCCGUCGCUUCCGACCUCGCCUCGGGCUCCAGCUCGCUGUGCAGCGUUGAGGGCACCGCCGCCACCGUGGGCGCCGGCAACCGCAUCACCUUCGCCGGCUCCGACAGCGCCUCGCAGACCUUCACCAUCACCACCGCCCAGCUCGCUGCCGCCUCGUGGAUCAGCUUCGCCUUCGACGACGCCUCGGCCGUCCAGCAGGUCGUGGUCAACGUGAUCGGCGAUGACGACGUCGAGUUCUCCGGAUUCGACCUGAACAUCGGGGGUGUGGCCAACGGGCGCAUGACGUGGAACGUGUGCUCGGCGACGAGCGUGAGCGUGAGCAGCUUCAACUUCCAGGGCAACCUGCUGGCACCGCUGGCCGACGUGUCGCUCACCAACGCGCAGAUCAACGGCAACGUGGCCGCGCGCACGCUGACCGGCACCGGGAGUGGCGAGGUCCACCUCCCCCAGUGCCCUUAA